UAUAAUCAGAGUAUGCUCUCAAAAAGAAAGGUUUCAUCUUAAAAUUUAGAAGAAUCAUCUAACUCGAUAGAACAAUUAUGCAAUAAAAUUCGUAAAGUGAUUGUAAGUGAGGUAGGUGAAAAAUAUAUCCAAAAUCAUUCUGAAAAGGACAUUAAAUAAAAAAGAACUAAACACAAAUCUAAAAGAGAAGAUGAAUAAUAUAUUAUAGAAAUAAUUCAGAAUGAUCCUGUUGAAGUAGAAGAAUAGCUUUCUUCAAUUUAAGCAAUAUCUGAAUCCUAAUCAUGGGUUGUUGAAGAACUAUUUGAUGAAAUAAAUAAGCUCAAUUACCAUUAAGAGAUUGAAUGA